AUGGCUGGUCCAAGCACGGGCCAAAACCUGUCCGACCUCCCAAAGGUGGCGCAAGACUGCUCGGUGGUCUUGCAGCGUCUAGAGGACGAGAUGCCCGACUUUAACUACAGGACGUGGUCUACCCACAGCUUGGCCACAAAUGAGCAGCUCGCUAGAGCGGCAGGCUGCACGGAUGGGGAAGAUGCUGCGGCGCGCAUGGAUUACGAGGCGAUAAAGCGCCGCGUGCUGAAUGAGCUGGAGGACCAUCAAGGUGAGAAGCAUCGUGUGGUCGUGCGCAGUUCGGCCUACACUGUAACUUGCACGCUCCUGAAAACUGUGCUCCAUAGGAACUGGCUUAAUGACGUUGUCAUUGACUUCUACAUGGGGCUUGUGGCCGAGCGUGCCAAAGAAGCUCGAGAUGGUCUACGCGUUCAUGCGCUGACGACGCACUUUUAUAACGUGCUGAGAAAAUUGGGAUAUGCCGCUUUUCAGCCCGGGCGCGGCCCGAGCUGCAAAAAUCGGCCCGUGAAUUGCUCUACUCCAAGGUUCACCAUGUGUGAGUGA